AUGGAGCGCGGCAAAUCGGGCCACCGCGAAAAGGCGCAGCGCAUACUCGAAAACGUCGGGAUGUGGGAGAAGCGGGACGCGCUCGCCAUGGACCUCUCAUACGGCCAGCGCAAGCUGCUGGAGAUCGGCCGCGCAAUGGCCCUCGAGGUCAACACGUACCUGUUCGACGAGCCGUUCGCCGGUCUCUUCCCCCAGAUGUUGGAGAGAGUCAAGGACAUUAUGAGGCUCAUGCGCGACGAGGAUCGCUCCAUCAUCUUCGUAUCUCACAAUAUGGACAUCGUCCGUGAGCUGACCGAUCAUCUGAUCGUGCUCGACAGCGGCAGGUUGCUCACCGAGGGAGAAGUCGAAGACGUCCUAUCCAGCGAAGAGGUCAUAGAGGCAUACCUGGGGACAUAG